AUGAGCCAGGAUAAUCGACAACUUCCAAAAACCCAAAUAGAGGGCAACACUCCCCUGGAUUUAAAAGGCAAAGGAAAACAAACCAAGAAAGAGAAUACUAUUCCCAUCGUCGACAGACUUCAAUCUUCCGGGAGACUAGUUCUCGAUGCUUUUGGAAGCGGCCCAGAGCUGAGUGGCCAACAGCCAGCGAGAAAAGCUGACCCAAGUGGCAGCAACAGCAACAGCAUUGACAAGAUCUCGUCAAGUACGGGAGAAGCAUCCUCACACAGAUUACGCUCAUCAAUUCAGGCGGAAACCUUGCGCUCAAAAACAAAUCUGGAUUCUGGACCUUCCGCGCAGGCAUUCAACGAUUUUGUUAGUGCCGACGUCACGCUGGACGUUGACAAUGACAAUGACAAUGCCAACCUUGAUGAGGAAGCACGAAAGCAAAUAUACCACUCGAAAUCUACACAUGCAUCACACGAUGUUAGUGAACAAGAGAAGCUGGAUGGUGCAGCCGUUGUUAGCCUGCUGGACGGUCAUUCAGAUGAACUCGAUGCUGUUUUGGUCGGAUCUCAUGAUCCGAUAGCCGAGGCCGAUGACGAUCCCCUUACACCAGAAGCGGCAGCCAAACUUCGAGAAGCUCUCUUUUCUAAUAACUCAGUGUCCUCUGGUCCCAGCCUAAGUGAUCUACUAAACUUCAACCCUGGGUUCCUAGAUCAACCAGGACCUGAAGCGGAGUUUGAACGACAGCUCUACCUGGGCACAAGAGAUACCGACCAAGCGAGGAGCAGUUGGCUGCAGCAGUGGGGCGACGUCCUUGCUGGAUAUACUGACCACGUCUGGGGUGACCUGGAACCGUUGAUAACUGAGGCUCGGAGGGAAGUUGAAGAGUCCAAAGCUCAAGGCCCUGGAGCAGUUUCCGAGACAAAGGCGUUGGAUCGAUUGCGGCAGGUCCUUGCACAUAUUCGCUGGGUUUGA